AUGGAAGCCUGUGUGGUCAUGCUGAAAGAUGCAGUUGAUGUUAUAUCAGAGGAGAACAGUUUUGAUAUUCCACCGCUACCGCCACCAAUUGUCACAAUUCCUGCAACUCCCAAAAAGGAAGGCAAGCAGUUUAAACGAACUCCUGUAGAAAUGUGUGCUGUCAAGGUCAGUUCAUUUGGAGUGAGAAUGCACAAUGACAAGAGCCCGUGUGAUAUAACAGGUUCAACAGUAAUGCCAGAUGGAAGACUUGUGCUAGUUGAUUAUAACAACAAAAAACUCAAAGUCCUUGAUCGAGACUUCCAUCUCAUGUCAGAUUUCAAAACCGACGGUGCAUCAUUCGACACAACUACAUUAUCACAUAACCAGGUUGCAGUAACGGUGCCAAAGGAUAAGAGAAUCCAUUUUCUAAGUCUGCAAGAUGGAAUGAAAACUGCUGACAGUAUUCACACUCGACUGGAAUGCUGGGGAUUAGACUAUGUGGACGAGAAACUUGUAACCGUGACUAAUAGUGAUGAUCACAUGAUUCUGUUUUACAAUAAGAAAGGGACAGAACUUAUCUCGUGUAGCUUAGGCUCACAAGAUCCAAAUAUGAAAUGGCCGAUAUCAGUAUGUGUUGAUACAAAGGAUAAAAUUUACAUCUGCUGCCAAGGUGAAGGUGACUCUGAAGAUAUCAACGGCUGUCUGGUGAUAAUAGAUUCCUCAGGUCAGGUGAGAAGCAUGUACAUGGACCCUGGCUUGAGGAAAGCAACUAGCUGCACUAAAGACGAAGAUGGGAACAUUUUUAUUUGCGGUUUAUCUUCAGCAAAUGUUCAUCAAAUUCCAAGAUCUGGAGACCGACUUGGACAGAUUAUUUCUGGUCUAAGUAAGCCCAUUCAUGUGAAGAGUUACUGGGAUACAGGCAGUUUGCUGGUUAUGGAGCGAUUCUGUAAUGAUGUUUGUGUGUAUCAAAUGCAAGAAUAG